GCAAUGGGCAGCAAAACAUUGCCAGCACCAGUGCCCAUCCACCCAUCCCUGCAGCUCACCAACUAUUCCUUCCUUCAGGCAGUCAAUGGCCUGCCCACAGUGCCCUCGGACCACCUGCCUAACUUGUACGGUUUCAGUGCCCUGCACGCUGUGCACCUGCACCAGUGGACAUUGGGCUACCCAGCCAUGCACUUGCCACGCUCAUCUUUCUCCAAAGUGCCAGGCGCUGUAUCCAGCCUGGUGGAUGCACGCUUCCAGCUGCCUGCCUUCCCCUGGUUCCCUCAUGUCAUUCAUCCCAAGCCUGAGAUCACUGCUGGAGGCGGGGGCCCUGCGGUACUUAAGACCAAACCGCGCUUUGAUUUCGCCAACCUUGCCUUGGCGGCAACGCAAGAAGAUCCGUCCAAGCUUGGCAGGGGGGAGGUCCCGGGAUCCCCCGCAGGUGGGCUAGGCGCCCUCCUGGACGUCACCAAGUUGUCUCCAGAAAAGAAACCCACGAGAGGACGCCUGCCUUCCAAGACCAAGAAGGAGUUUGUCUGCAAGUUCUGUGGCCGCCACUUCACCAAGUCCUACAACCUACUCAUUCAUGAGCGGACGCACACUGAUGAGCGGCCCUACACCUGUGACAUCUGUCACAAAGCCUUCCGGAGACAAGACCACCUGCGGGAUCACAGAUAUAUUCACUCCAAAGAAAAGCCCUUCAAGUGUCAAGAAUGCGGGAAAGGAUUUUGCCAGUCCAGGACUCUCGCUGUCCACAAGACGCUACACUCACAGGUGAAGGAGCUCAAAACGUCCAAAAUCAAAUGCUAAGUAAAGCCUCUGGGUGCGCAGGAUCCUGAGUCAAGCCACCCUUUUUUAUCCAGAGGGCCGGGAAGCCAACUCUGG